UCCAGUAAGAAGGAGACGAGGUAAUUAAAUUCAUGCAAAAGAGCGCACAAGCCACACUAUACCACUUUCUCCUUUCGUGUAUAUGUAUAACUGUUGGCAAUGGCAGCAACAGCAACAGCUGAAACCGUAAAACCAAGGCGGAUCACACGCUUGCCCUUGAAGGAAUGGGAAUACCUCAAGUUAAAAGUAUGGUCUGAAAACUUUAUUCCUAAUGUCACUGAAGUGACUUUCCGCAUGAGUAUACAACAAGCACUUCAAUCGUCUUUUGGGUUGGCUGGCGCAUCCAUUGUCAUUGAUGUUUUGGAUUGGGAUGACAAGACCAACAUUGGAUUCAUUAAGGUGUCGCAAAAGGAGCUGGUUACUGUAUGGACGGCAUUAACACUUCACCAAUUCCGGGUGAGUGGUCAUGCUUGUAGUAUAGAAGUACUAGGUGCUUCAGCGAGUUUGAUUAGUUUGGCAGAUGAUAGUCGAUCGCUGAAUUAAUAUAAUUCGCUUUGUAAAUAUAUAUCACUCCUGUUAUUAUUAUUAUUAUCUUUUUACAAUAGUAAAUAGAGAGAAAGGA